ACGCCUUAAUAUGUACUUAAUUCACCCAUUAAUAUUGAUAUAAUUAAGGAGGUGUUUAGUGGAUUUUCAAGAGAUUAAUUAAGGUGUAAAUUAAUGGUUUUUAAUUAAGGGGUAACAUCCCUUAAAGUGAGCUAAAAUCCAUUAAAAUUACUCGCUAAUUGCACCUUAAAGCUGAAGGACGUAACUUUCAAAACAGGAAGUAUUUCUGCCUCAUUUUCCCAGAAAUCGUGGCUGUCGCUGGUGUGACGUCAGUUCACUCUUAAAGACCCACACAUUAUCUGUGCACUUUAUUCAGCUCAUCUAAAAAAAAUUAUAAUCUUCAUCCGACCAGGAACAGCUGGAUUGAUCUCUUACUAAGGCUUAAGGUUUGAGUCAGAACCACAGCCAUGGAGUUUACCAGACCCUACCUGCCCAUGGAAUGGGAGGAACAGUGGAGGAAGGAGAAAGAGAGGAGGAGAAGGGCGAUUGAAGAAGGAGGAGAGGAGGUUGAAGCAGACGAUCGAAAGCUGAGGUGGAUUGUGGCCUACAACAACCAACGGAUGGGCAUGGCAUUGCAUGAGAAAAAAGAGAAGUCACAGGUUAAGAAGAGGAAUGACAGCCCCUCGAACCAAGGAGAAGCUACUGAGGAGGGAUCAGACGAGCAGAGCAAAGGACAGGGAUAUGAAGAGAAGAUUUUUACAUACUGCAGACCGACCUUCCCUCGUGAGGUCUUCAAGAGCCUGGAGCAGCUCAGGGACUCUUCUCUCCUUACUGACCUGACUCUGAUCACUCAGGAUGGGCAGUGUCUCCAGGCACACUCCCCUGUCCUGGCUGCUGUCAGCUCCCUGGUACACCAGAGACUGCUCACAUGGGACGAAGAGAUGGAGAGGAGGGAGAGGAGAGAUGUUGACGUACAGCCCGAGAUAUCCAUCAGUCUGGGUCCUGAGGUGGGGAUUGAGGGGCUGGCAGGGGUGCUGGAGUUUGCCUACACUGGGACCAUAGCAGCUCUGAACCGAGACAAGCUGCCAAAGAUACAAUCAGCAGCUACAACACUAGGGGUCCCCAGAGUUUUAGAACUGUGCUGUGAAAAGGAGGAGAAGAUGAAGAAAUGCGUAUGGAAGGCAGAAAAUAAGGUUUCUGUUGAUUAUCAGAUGAAACUCAGUCUUCAGUCCAUCAGACAGCUGUGGAACGAGCGACUGGGCUGUGAUGUGGAGCUGGAGGUUGCUGGGACAUCGUUCCGUGUCCACAGAGUACUGCUGGCAGCUAGUAGCGACUACUUCCGGGCAAUGUUCACCAGUGGGAUGAAGGAAUCCCAGCAGCCCUGUGUGGUACUUCCCUCCCUGGAUGCCUCAGAGUUGAAGGCACUGAUUGGAUGCUGCUACAGCGGGUCUCUUGCCCUCAGCUGGGGGCGUGUCUUCGAGAUCACUUGCACCUCCCUUCAGCUCCAAUUCCAGCUUGCCCUCUCUUUGUGCCUCGACUUCAUGGUACAGGAAAUGGAGACCAACUCCUGCUUGGACGUGGCCUCCUUUGCCGAGGCUUAUGGGAUGCCGGAACUUCUUGAGGAAGCCGAAGACUUCAUCCUGAGGAACUUCCAAGGAGUUUCAACAACUCUGAAAUUCCUGGACCUUCCAGCCAAUAAACUGCUGGACCUUCUGCGCUGUGACGGCCUCUGUGCCCCCUCAGAGCUGGCUGUGUUCAGAGCCGUGGUGGCCUGGUUAGAGGCUGACCCAACCGAAAGGCUAGCCCAAGCCAAGGAGGUGAUGACGGGUGUCCGUUUCUCACUCAUGACCUUCAAGGAGUUCAGAGAGGUCAGGGCGAUCAACCUGCGCUUGGAGUGCAGCAGUGACACAGAGAUUGACCUAUACAGCUCGGCCCUGAAGGACUUUGGCUUCAGCCUUCCUGAGACCAAGGACCAGUGCCGGAUUAGACGGCCAAAAUAUGCCCUGGUUCUAGUUGGAGGCGAUCAGGUGGUCCCUGAUGUGGGGAACCGGCUUCCCAGCAGAGAGCUAUGGUUUGCAAACUCCCUCCGCAGCGGCACAGGGCUUGUGAAGUCCAUGGAGUGGAUGGUCCUGGGAGAGAUACCGGAGAAGCCCAGGUUUCGGCAUGGCGUGGGAGUGAUGGGCGGACAGCUGUACGUGGUCGGAGGGUGUGAGUUCUACGUGAGGGGUGAUAUGCUGAAAUCAACAUACAGAUAUGACCCAAUGCAGGACAAGUGGCAGAGGUUGGCUGACAUGCAGGAGUACAGGAGUAACUUCACGGUGGUGGUACGAGAGAACUGUCUGUACGCCAUUGGAGGGGACACGGAUAUCACUUUAAACCUGGGCAGUGUGGAGGUCUACAGCCCCGACUCUGACACCUGGAGGUUUGCUAAGCCUCUGGACCACGCCCUGAGUGGCCACGCUGCCACAGUGUGGGAUGGAGAGAUCUUCAUCUCUGGGGGGUUUAACAGCACCUACCAGUGUCUGACGUCCAUGUUCACUUACCACCCUGAGAGAGGAACCACCUACCUGGCGGAGAUGAGCGGGGACCGGGCUCAGCACUGUAUGGAGGUCUUGCGUAGCUGCGGGGGACUCUGCGUAGUGGGAGGGGUGUGCAAACAGCGCACAUUCUAUGCCGACCAGCUAGCCUGUGAGGUCUACGAUCCCCUCAGUGAUGCCUGGAGCGCCUUCACGCCCCUGGAUGUACCCCAUGUCGGAGCGGCUUCUGUGGUUCUGGAGGAGAAGCUGUAUAUACUGGGAGGAUACUGCCAAGAGGAUUACAGGGAGACCAGACUGGUGCACCGGUAUGAUCCAGCUCACUGGCACUGGGAGAACAUGGGCAAGAUGCCCGGACCCAACACUGACAUACGAGCAUGUUUGCUCCUGCUGCCGGAACACUUAAGACAUUGAUAGAGGGAACUUAACACGGUGAGAAAGUUCCACAUGACGUUCAGUUUGUUUUCUAUAUACUAAUAAAUAUAGGGUAAGUGUAAGGCUGGGAAUCUAUAGGUGAGCAAAAUUGUAUAUUCUAAGCAUGUACUGCAGUGGUUCCCAACUCCAGUCCUCGAGUACCCCCAGCAGUACACAUUUUUGUUGUA